GCCCCACACUUGCCAUGGGGCACCCCACAGAAAACAUAGGGCACCCCACGGUCACUCUGGGGUCCCCUACGUUCAACAUGAGGCACCCCACGGGCAACCUGAGGCGCCCCACAGCGGGUGUGGGGCACCCUAUAGAAUGUGGGGGGCACCCAGAAUGUGUGGGGCGCCCCACACUUGCCAUGGGGUGCCCCACACUUGCCAUGGGGCACCCCACAGAAAACAUAGGGCACCCCACGGUCACUCUGGGGUCCCCUACGUUCAACAUGAGGCACCCCACGGGCGACCUGAGGCGCCCCACGGCGGGUGUGGGGCACCCUAUAGAAUGUGGGGGGCACCCAAAAUGUGUGGGGUGCCCCACACUUGCCAUGGGGCACCCCACAGAAAACAUAGGGCACCCCACGGUCACUCUGGGGUCCCCUACGUUCAACAUGAGGCACCCCACAGAAGAUCUGGUGCUCCCCACAGGCAACGUGGGGCACCCUAUAGAAUGUGUGGGGCACGCAAAAUGUGUGGGGCGCCCCACACUUGCCAUGGGGCACCCCACAGAAAACAUAGGGCACCCCACGGCCACUCUGGGGUCCCCUACGUUCAACAUGAGGCACCCCACGGGCAACCUGAGGCGCCCCACGGCAGGUGUGGGGCACCCUAUAGAAUGUGGGGGGCACCCAGAAUGUGUGGGGCGCCCCACAGAAAACAUAGGGCACCCCACGGUCACUCUGGGGUCCCCUACGUUCAACAUGAGGCACCCCACAGAAGAUCUGGUGCUCCCCACAGGCAACGUGGGGCACCCUAUAGAAUGUGUGGGGCACCCAAAAUGUGUGGGGCGCCCCACGGCAAGUGUGGGGCACCCCACAGAAAACAUAGGGCACCCCACAGCCACUCUGGGGUCCCCUACGUUCAACAUGAGGCACCCCACGGGCGACCUGAGGCGCCCCACGGCGGGUGUGGGGCACCCUAUAGAAUGUGGGGGGCACCCAGAAUGUGUGGGGCGCCCCACACCCACACACCGGAAAACGUGGGGCACCCCACAGCGAGUGUGGGGCACCCCACAGCCACUCUGGGGUCCCCUACAGUCAAUAUCAGGCACCCCACAGGCAACUUGAGGCACCCCACGGCAGGUGUGGGGCACCCAGAAUGUGUGGGGUGCCCCACAGUAAGUGUGGGGCGCCCCACAGAAAACAUGGGGUACCCCACGGUCAUUCUGGGGUCCCCUACGUUCAACAUGAGGCACCCCACGGGCCACCUGAGGCGCCCCACGGCGGGUGUGGGGCACCCUAUAGAAUGCGGGGGGCACCCCGAAUGUGU